UUACAGAAUCUGUGAAAGAUGGCAUAGACAGAAUGGCAUAAAUGUUGUUAUAUAUCCCGAAAUGAUGUGUGCCGGUUAUCGUAAUGGUGGUAAGGAUUCCUGUCAGGGAGAUUCUGGUGGUCCCCUUAUGCAUGAAAAGAAUGGACGUUGGUAUUUAAUAGGUGUUGUAUCAGCUGGUUACUCGUGUGCCUCACGUGGACAACCUGGCAUUUAUCAUCGUGUACCCUACACAGUCGAUUGGAUAUCUCAUGUUGUAGGCUUGACGGGUACGAUUUAAUGUAACAAUUCCCAGGAGUAAUGACUCAACAUCAUCUUCAUCUUACUAAGCUGCUACUUACACAACCACCCAGACUCACUCAUUCCUAAGUGCAGUUCUAGUUCAAAUAAAUCUUUUGUAAAUAGUGUUAAUUUCUUGGAGAAUGUUGUCGUCUAUUUUAUUUCUUCUACUUUUUCUAUAAUCGAGUGAAAAGUAUAAUUUAAGUUUCUUUCAUUGACACUCUCCUAUUUUUUUAGAAUUCCUCAAUAUCUCCACUCUCAUUAAUUGUAGUAGUUGUAAUUUUUUUUAUUUUGAAAAAAAACAUGUGUAUUAAUUUAAGACGUAUGUGUAUUUUGUAUUUAUUAACCAAUUAAUUAAGGUUUAAUUAAUUUUUUUUUUUGAAAUUUGUUAAUUUUUUUGUUAUGUGCAAAUAUGCAAAAAAGACUAGAAUUAACAAAAGCAACAAGGACAAAAAUUAAUUAUUUUUUUAUAUUUAUUCAAAUUGUAAUUUAUUUUAAUUUUAAUAUUAAAAAAGAAGAAAACCACACAAAUUAAUUGUAAAAAAAAUUAUAUACAAUAAAAUUUAUAAAUGCGAGCUUUUAACUGAUUGAACUGUAAA